GGCAGUAUAGAAAGAAAUACAGAGUUAUAUAAUGAGUGAUCAGUAGCUACAAACUUUUUUCAAAGUCCAAUUUAUUGCAGGGUCUCCUUAAGAUCAAACAGCGCCAAACAAGGAAAAAGCUUUGCUUAUCUGAGCAGCGCCGACUCGGGACAUGGCUGCCUGAGGCCGCAAUUCUCACGUGCAGCCUGAGGCCCCCCGCGCCGCCAAUCAGCGCCCUCUCUCAAGAUGAACCUCACCUCGUUCUGUUCCCUCUGGCGUCGAAAUUUGCCUUCUAUCAUUUCUAUUCUUGCCAAACAGACACUCUGGGCUUCUCCAGUGUCCUAUCUUGACUCCCUCCUUCUACACUUCGCUGGGCGUGCAUUCAAGGCACCUUUCUCUCUCUGUGACUCUUCGCGGAAAGACCUGGUGCAUGCCUCGUCAUAUCCACAAAAACACCCCGUCUCUUCCCACCUACUGACCACUCCAGGGAUUCUCCUGCAACCACCGCCCACCUUGCUAGUCAACUGUAUUUUUUGCGUGCCUAUCGCCCUUUCAGUUGAUCGUACGGCACCAAGAGGGAUUCGAUUCUCUUCUUUUUUACAGUCUUCUUUCCUUUUUUUCCUUUUCUCCCUCUUCUCCCUCUCUCUUUCCCUCCCCCCCCCACAUCUUCCAUCUUUUUUGCGUUACUCUAAGCAAACAACAUGGAUGCCCGUCAGGUGUUGCAGAGCACCUUGUCGCCCGAUGCGGCGGAACGUACCAAUGCUGAGCAGCAGCUCGCCCAUGCGGCGGAGGUCGACUUCGCUACCUACCUUGUCACCCUAGGCCAGGAGCUGGCCAGCGAAGAGAGCCCUGCCCACAUCCGUGUUGCUGCCGGUAUCGCCUUGAAGAACGCUUUCACCUUCCGAGACCAGACCAAACUCCGUGAAGUGCAGGCCCGAUGGAUCCAACAAAUUUCUCCCGAGACCAAGACACAGGUCAAGGAGCUCGCGCUCAAGACCUUGGCAUCCGAUACCCGAGCUGGGAAUGCUGCCGCUACGCUAAUUGUUUCGAUCGCCGCUAUCGAACUCCCCCGAAAUGAGUGGUCCGACCUCAUGAACAUCCUGGUCCAGAACGUGGCCAGUGGAAACGACAACCUGAAGCAGUCGUCUCUUGCCACUAUUGGAUUCAUUUGCGAGUCCCAAGAUGCCGACCUUCGCGCUAGCUUGACUGCGCACUCCAAUGCCAUCCUGACUGCCGUUGUUCAGGGUGCUCGGCGCGAGGAGCCGAACAUGGACGUUCGCUAUGCCGCUAUUGCCGCCCUUAGUGACGCCGUUGACUUUGUGCGAUCCAACAUGGAGAACGAGGGCGAGCGCAACUAUAUCAUGCAGGUAGUCUGCGAGGCCACCCAGGCUGACGAGGUCCGUGUGCAGGCUGGUGCGUUCGGCUGCCUGAACCGGAUUAUGGGCGCAUACUAUGAGAAGAUGCGCUUCUACAUGGAGAAGGCUCUCUUUGGCCUCAGCAUCAUGGGUAUGAAGAGCGAGGAGGAGGAUGUCGCUAAGCUGGCCAUCGAGUUUUGGUGCACUGUUUGCGAGGAGGAGAUCGCUAUCGAGGAUGACAAUGCCGAGGCUCAGCAAGAGGGUGUUGAAGCUCGUCCGUUCUACGGAUUUGCUCGCGUGGCUGCUCGUGAGGUCAUCCCCGUCCUCUUGCAGGCCAUGUGCCGCCAGGAUGAGGAUGCUGAUGACAACGAGUACAACGUGUCGCGUGCUGCUUAUCAAGCUCUCCAGCUGUACGCCCAGUGCGUGCAGGGUGAUGUCAUCCAGCCCGUUGUCACUUUUGUCGAAGAGAACAUUCGUAACGAGGACUGGCGCCGUCGCGAUGCUGCUGUCGCUGCCUUCGGUGGUAUCAUGGAGGGCCCUGAGCCGACUGUGCUGGAGCCUUUGAUUAAGCAGGCUCUUCCUGUUCUUCUGGGCAUGAUGGAGGACGCUUCUAUCCAGGUUCGAGAUUCCACUGCCUAUGCCCUGGGUCGCGUGUGUGACUGCUGCCCCGAGGUUCUGGACCCCGAUGUCCACCUACAGCCCCUCAUCUCUUGCUUGUUCAAUGGCCUUGCUAGCAGCCCCAAGAUUGCCAGCUCUUGCUGCUGGGCUCUCAUGAACGUUGCCGACCGAUUUGCCGGUGAUGCCGGUUCCCAGACCAACCCUUUGUCCAAGCACUUCGAUGAGAGCGUCAAGUCUCUCAUGCAAGUGACUGAGAGACAGGAUGCUGAUAACCAGCUUCGUACCGCUGGAUAUGAGGUUCUCAACUCGUUCGUCAUGAACUCUGCCAACGAUAGCCUUCCCACCGUUGCCAGCCUGUCGGACCACAUUCUGGGACGUCUCGAGCAGACCAUCCCCAUGCAGCAGCAGGUCGUGAGCACGGAGGACCGUAUUCUCCUCGAGGAGAUGCAGACUAGCUUGAUCAGUGUCAUUCUGGCCAUCGUUCAACGAUUCGAACUCGAGAUCAAGCCUCAGGCCGACCGCAUCAUGCAGGUUCUGCUCAGCGUUCUGACCACUGUUGGUACCAAGUCUAGUGUUCCCGAUGUCGUUUUCGCCACCGUUGGUGCCGUUGCCAGCGCUCUGGAUGAGGACUUUGCCAAGUACAUGGAGUCUUUCAGCCCCUUCCUGUACAAUGCUCUUGAGCACCAGGAGGAGGCUGGUUUGUGUUCCAUGGCCAUUGGCCUGGUUAGCGACAUUGCCCGCGCCCUGAACGACAAGGUCCAGCCUUACUGUGACACUUUCAUGAACCUCCUCCUCAACAUCCUCCGGACUUCCACCAACCAGCUCAAGCCCGCCAUCUUGGAGACCUUCGGAGAUAUCGCCCAGGCUAUCGGAACACCCCACUUCGAUAACUACCUGCCCGUCGUUGGCCAGGUUCUUCAGCAGGCCUCCUCUGUUACCACAAGCUCUGAUCUUCCUUAUGACAUGGUUGACUACAUCGUGUCUCUGCGUGAGGGUAUCAUGGAUGCUUGGGGUGGCAUCUUGCUCUCUUACAAGGGUAGCUCCCAGAUUACUCUCGUCCAGCCCUUCGUUGAGUCCAUCUUCCAGCUGCUCCACAUCAUUUCCCAAGAAGGAAACCGGUCUGAGGGCUUGAUGCGCUCUGCUAUGGGUGUGAUAGGUGAUCUCGCGGACGCUUUCCCCAACGGUGAGCUCGCCGCCUACUUCCGCAACGACUGGGUUACCACCCUGGUUCGGGAGACUCGCACCACCCGCCAGUAUAGCGAUCGGACCAUCGAGACCGCUCGCUGGACCCGGGAGCAGGUCAAGCGCCAGAUCAAUAUGAGCACUGGUAUGGCUUAAAUUGUUACCAACUGGUUUUAUCCCGUCGGCAACAGAACCUCCGCUGUGCCUCGCCCUCUCCCGUUCCAUUAAGACUCGAUCUUGCUGGCACAAGUGGAGCGGAUAGUUUUGCGAAAGCUCAGGCUUCAGGGACCAGUCUUCAUGAAAGUACGGGGCCACCCGACCUGUCAUGGAUUAGGGACCUUGAUGGCCGGUAAGUAUUCUUGUCUCCAUGGCUGGCGGACACUUUCGUGCCAGGUGUUCCCAUCCCCCAUAGCACCCUCCCCGACCCUGGACAAUGAGAUUCCCAAUUUCAUCGUCCUCUCCCUCCCCUUGUUGAUCAUCAUCUGCACUCCCCAUGCCCUCCCAUCUCCCAGCACUUGCUUCCCCAGGUGCGACUGAUCUCCUGAUGACACCAUGCAAUGACCCUAUCCCAUCCCCUCCCUCACGUCUCCUCGUCCGUUCUUCUUGGUAUCACCCCCUCUUCUUAUCAUAUUUCUCAUUCAAUUUUCCCUACCCUGUUUUUUAAUUAGACCAAGACCCCUUCGCAUCCUUAUAGCAUUGCACCUCAUGUAGCCCAAAGAAUUCAUGUAUCUUCUUCCCCUCGACACAAUUAUGUAUUCCCAAUCAUGUAUCUCCCAGAACCAUGUCUGAACCUUGCUCAGAAAAAGAGUCUGCCAUGAAAAGCUGUUUUUUUUCCGUUACCUCUCUUCAUCGUAUAAUCCGGCCUUGACCCCGACCCGAUCCCUAGGCCCUGACCAUGCCACUGCAAUGGACAUCCUCUCCAAUCCUCUUGUAUAGAGAUAAGAAAUUCUGCAUGUAUCGACGUGUAGCUGAUUCAUCUGCAUUCUACAUCACUAGUCGUGAAGCCUCUCUUUUGUA